UUGGACUUGGAAGUGCCACGGUGUCCCUAUCCGCUGUACUUAGCUUUGCUAGCCAGUUAGCACGUUAGCAAGCCGCCGCAGUUUCGGUUUGUUUACAGCGCUGUCUUUGUGAUCCGACGUGGGACCGUCUUCGCGCCUCGGCUCUCUCCUCCUUAUUCUUGAUCGCCGCCGGCGCUCCUGUAUGAACGCUCCAACCUGGACCGCGGCCGCAGCAGGAAGAGGAUAGAGGAGCUCUCCCGGAGUUCUCGGGAGAAAUUGCUCCAAUCGCGGGACAAGAUGUUUUCCAAAUUCACCUCGAUCCUCCAGCACGCCGUGGAAGCGCUCGCCCCGUCGCUUCCUCUGCAGGAGGACUUUGUGUAUCACUGGAAGGCCAUCACACACUACUACAUAGAGACGUCAGAUGACAAGGCGCCCGUGACGGACACCAACAUCCCGUCUCACCUGGAGCAGAUGCUGGACAUCCUGACCCAGGAGGAGGGAGAGCGGGAGUCUGGAGAGACGGGGCCCUGCAUGGAGUAUCUUCUGCACCAUAAGAUCCUGGAGACCCUCUACACGCUGGGCAAGGCUGAUUGUCCGCCGGGAAUGAAGCAGCAGGUGCUGGGCUUCUACACCAAGCUGCUAGGGAGGAUCCGACAGCCUCUCCUUCCCCACAUCAAUGUCCACCGUCCUGUGCAGAAACUGGUGCGGCUGUGCGGUGAGGUGCUGGCAGCCCCUACCGAGAACGAAGAGAUCCAGUUCCUGUGCAUCGUGUGCGCCAAACUGAAGCAGGACCCCUACCUAGUGAACUUCUUCUUGGAGAGCAAGACUAAGGUGGGGGUCGACAGGAGCCCUGAGGGGGGCGCUCUGGUAGGAGAGGCUGUGCGCGCUGAUGGCGCCUCGUCGCCCGACACGGGUCAGACUGGACCCGACCUGGGGCCUGUUGCUCAGACCCGUAUCCGAAAUGAUGCGGCAUCUGCUGCUGACCAAACCGUCCAGCCCAACCACAACUACAACCUGGUCAACUCGCUGCUCAACCUCACAAAGAGUCCAGACGGCCGCAUCGUGGUGAAAGCCUGCGAGGGUCUCAUGUUGCUGGUCAGUCUGCCUGAACCAGCGGCUGCCCGCUGUUUGACUGAGAACACAGCCCUCUCCCAGCUGCUGGUCGACCGCCUGACCGCAUUCUACCAGGCUCUGCCGCCGUCCAUGGACCCGCUGGACAUUGAGACUGUCGAGUCCGUCAACUGGGGACUGGAUGCCUACAACUUGAAAGAAGACACUGCAGCCUUCGCGGGGAAGAGAGCGCUCAUCUCCUUCCUGUCCUGGCUGGACUACUGCGACCAGCUGAUCAAAGAGGCCCAGAAGACCACAGCUGCAGUGUUGGCCCGUGCCGUGAGGGACAGGUUUCUGGUGCCGGUCCUGGAGCCUCAGCUCAUGCAGACUUCAGAGAUGGGCAUCUUGACAUCCACGGCUCUGAUGAACAGGAUCAUCCGGCAAGUCAAUUCCGAAGCCCUCCUCCGGGAGACUGUCUUCUUUCUUCUCGGGGAGGAGCGUGAGGCUGAGACUCCAGGUGGGGUCGGCCGCCCGCUCCUGCGGCACCGCCUGAUCGAGCACUGCAACCACCUGUCUGACGAGAUCAGCAUCAUGACGCUUCGCUUGUUCGAGCACCUGCUGCAGAAGCCAUGUGAGCAUGUCGUGUACAGCCUGGUCCUGAGGAACCUGGAGGAGCGGUGCUACCAGGAGAACAAGCCCCAGGAGGAGAAAGAGGUGCUGGAGAACGGCCAGCUGCCCGAAGCUGUGGACCUGGAGGAAGACCCCUUGUUCACCGACCUCUCUCCAGGAAACAGGCUCUCUGGUUCUGAUUGGCUAAGUGCUUCGCCUCCGCGGUCCCCAGACCAUGCAAAGCCUGAUGGGAAGACAGAGGUUCAUAAGAUCGUCAACAGUUUCCUGUGUCUGGUCCCUGACGAGGCCAAGUCUUCCUAUCAGGUGGAGGGUUCCGGUUAUGACACAUACCUCCGAGAUGCACACCGACAGUUCAGAGACUACUGCGCCACCUGCCUGCGCUGGGAGUGGCUCGGGACCCCAAAGCCUUUUGAGAAGUGUAACAUGGAGGGGCCCUUUUUCGAGGGCCAUUUCCUCAAGGUGCUCUUUGACAGGAUGGGCCGAAUCCUGGACCAGCCAUACGAUGUGAACCUCCAGGUGACUUCAGUGCUCUCAAAACUGGCCUUGUUGCCUCACCCUCACCUGCACGAGUAUUUGCUGGACCCCUACAUCAACCUGGCCCCUGGCUGUCGCUCACUCUUCUCUGUCAUUGUCAGAGUGGUGGGUGACCUCAUGCUGAGAAUCCACCGCAUCCCAGACUUCACCCCGAAACUCCUGCUGGUCAGGAAGAGGCUGCUGGGCCUGGAGCCUGAGGGGUCAAGCAUUGACCACUUGACUCUGCUGGAGGGCGUCAUCGUGCUGGAGGAGUUCUGUAAGGAGCUGGCUGCCAUCGCCUUCGUCAAGUUCCACGCUUCCACGACCCCAUGAGGGUCUGACUCACGUCUGACCACCACGCCUUGAACGAUGGAGAGUGACGGGGGAGGGGGUGAGGAGCUGGGGUAGGGGACUUUUUCACUCAGCAUGGGACAGUUGCCAUGGUGACAGUGACCUGCACAAGCUGAUACCUUUGGUGGCUUCGGCCCUGAGAGGAUGAAGAAGGGAACUCGUCCAUCCGAUGUUGUGUGGAUUCAAGUGUCCUGUGCCCUUUAGACCUGGUCGGAUCAAAGGACAAUGAUCUCAUCUGUAAGAAGGGAUUGUUUCCAUUUAAUUUUACAUUUUAAUUUAGAGCAGUUAACGUCUCCAUGCCUUGGUCUGCUGAGAUAUUGCCUUUCUUUGUUUCUGUGCAAGAGAUUAUACUCAUAGCAGAUUUUUUUUA